CGAACACACAUAUUUUGAAGUUCUCGGAGCGAAGACUUUGCCAUCGCGAAGCGAUCAAUCAGAAUUGAUGGAUCCUCAAUGAUUGUAGCAAACUGGAGUCAAUAUGUUUGUUUAUCUUAGUAAAAAGAUUGCGAUUCCUAAUAACAUCAAACUGCGAUGUGUAUCUUGGAACCAGGAGCAUGGUUACAUAGCAUGCGGUGGUGAGAAUGGCUUACUCAAGGUUCUCAAACUGGAUUCAGGAGCUGGGAAAGAUGCAAAGCAGAGAGGUCUGGCUGCACCGAGCAACCUCUCUAUGAAUCAGACACUGGAAGGACAUGCUGGUGCUGUACAAGUAGUCACUUGGAAUUCUCAGUAUCAAAAGCUGACAUCAAGUGACGAGUAUGGCCUCAUCAUCGUAUGGAUGUUCUACAAAGGCUGCUGGUUUGAGGAGAUGAUCAACAAUCGAAACAAGUCUGUUGUGAGGAGUAUGGCAUGGACAUCAGAUGGGCAGAGAAUCUGUAUUGUCUAUGAAGAUGGUGCUGUGAUUGUGGGGUCUGUUGAUGGUAACCGUAUCUGGGGUAAAGAACUGAAAGGAAUGCAGUUAUGUCAGGUGGAAUGGUCACCUGACUCUAAAACCAUUCUCUUUGGGAUGACUAAUGGAGAGCUACAUAUCUAUGACAACCAAGGAAACUUCUGUUCUAAAUUGACUGCCUUCUGUCUGACGAAUGCGACUGGAGCUGUACACCUUGCUGGUGUAGAUUGGUAUGAUAGGAAGCAUGGUUUAGUGGAGCCUGGCUGUCCUACCCUAGCUAUCUGCUAUGAUAAUGGUAGAGCACAGAUCAUGAGAGAUGAGACUGAUGAUAACCCGGUGCUGAUUGAUACCGGCAUGACAGUCGUCAAAGUGAUGUGGAACUACAAUGGAUCAGCCCUGGCUGUAGCUGGCUCACAGAAGUCUGCACAAACUGACAAGGAUGUCAAUGUCGUCCAGUUCUACAAUCCGUUUGGAGAGCAUAUGCGAACCCUGAAAGUUCCAGGUAGUGGUCUAUCUGCUAUAUCAUGGGAAGGAGGUGGACUACGGAUUGCUCUGGCUGUGGACAGCUAUAUCUACUUUGCUAAUAUUCGGCCUGACUAUAAGUGGGGUUAUUGCGCUAGUACUGUGGUUUACUCCUUCACCAAGCCAGAACGAGUGGAGAACUGUGUCGUCUUCUGGGAUACCCUCAACUCUGAAAGAUAUGUGAAGUAUGUGAAGAACCUAUUAUCUGUGACAGCGUAUGGAGAUCACUGUGUGUUAGCUACAAGAGCUGAUGAAACUAUGGGCCAAGUGGAUCCCUCAGACCCAGUACAGUAUGUACUGGUAUUGUGCAACUGCAUUGGUACUCCUCUGGAAUCUAAGUACAUUGAUAUAGAGCCAUCCUUUGUUGCUGUGACCAAGACCCAUGUGAUAGCAGCCUCCAAGGAAGCCAUCUAUAUCUGGCAGUUUAAAGCUGCUAAGAAGAUCACAGCCAUGGAGGUGAAUACUGCUAUGGGACGUAAGAAGGAUUCAAGAGAGAAGGUUUAUCAUGUAGAUGAUACUCCUUCAGGUGCUGGUGAUGGUGUACUGGACUUCAGCAAGGCAUUCGCUCCUACCAGAGAUCCAAUCUGCUGUGUAACAGCCUCUGACAAGGUGUUGAUUGUAGGACGUGAGUCUGGUACACUUCAUCGCUACUCACUGCCCCAUGUAGCACUGGUCAACAAACAUGUGGUGAACUGCAGACCACAUGCCCUCUCCCUUAACUGUACUUCAAGUCGUCUUGCAAUCAUUGACAUCGCUGGGAUCUUGACGUUCUUUGACCUUGACACCAAGUGGGUGAAUCCUGAAGGUCAAGAGAUCAUAGGUCAACCAUUACAGUUUGAGAGGAAGGAUGUAUGGGAUAUGAAGUGGGCUGAGGAUAAUGCUGAACUCAUUGCGAUGAUGGAGAAGACAAGGAUGUACAUCUUUAGAAACCUGGACCCAGAGGAGCCUAUAGUGAGUUCAGGUUACAUCUGUAAGUUUGAGGAUCUUCAGAUUACGAGUGUACUAUUGGAUGAAGUGAUGCAGGACCGUGAACAUCCUGGCAAGGAAUGUAUGGUGGAACUGGAUAUCAAGAGUCUGCGAGACACAUGUGAUCUAUUGGAGAAGGUUGGGAUUGAAGAUGCAGCUCAAUUCAUUGAAGACAACCCUCAUCCAAGACUCUGGCGACUGUUGGCAGAGAAAGCGAUGGAGACUCUAGAUCUGAAGGUAGCAGAGCAAGCGUUUGUUCGUUGCCGUGACUUCCAGGGUAUUGAGUUUGUGAAGCGUCUUGGAAACCUGCAAAGUGAGACGAUGAGAAGCGCAGAAGUAGCUGCAUACUUCAAGAGAUUUGAGGAAGCAGAAAGGAUGUACAGAGACAUGGAUAGGAGGGAUCUAGCAGUGAACCUACGUAUGAAGCUUGGUGAUUGGUUUAGAGUAGUACAGCUUCUUAAAUCAGGCGGAGGUGGUGAUGAUGUUCAGAUGCAACAAGCUUGGAAUGCUAUAGGUGAUUACUAUGCUGAUAGACAGAAGUGGGCCAAUGCUGUCACGUAUUACCUACAGGGUAACAAUCAGGAGAGAUUAGCAGAAUGUUACUACAUGCUGGAGGACUUUGCUGGACUUAACAAGCUUAGUGAUGCAUUACCUGAGAACCACUUACUCUUACCAGACAUAGCAUCUAUGUUCAUGACAGUGGGUAUGUGUGCUGAGGCUGUGUCUGCAUAUCUCAAGUGUAAUGAAGUCAAGAAGGCUGUAGAUUGCUGCGUACAUCUCAACCAAUGGGACCAGGCUGUUGAGUUAGCCAAGAAACAUCAUAUCAGAGAGAUUGAUAGUCUCCUAGCUAAGUAUGCUGCUCAUCUCCUGGAUAAGGAUAAAACCCUUCAAGCUAUUGAGCUGUAUCGCAAGGCAAAUCAUUACCUGGAUGCCGCUAAGCUUAUGUUCCAGACUGCUGAAACUGAAGGCAAGAAGAAAGUGAAGCCUCUGAGGACCAAGAAGAUCUAUGUUCUAGGAGCAUUGCUGAUUGAGAACUAUCAUGAGCAGAUGAAGGUCCAGUCUAAACUCAAGACUAAAAGCAAGAGGACAGAGGCAAGUUCUGCUCUAGCUGGUCUGUUAGAAGAGGAAGCCUUAGCUACAUCAGACACCAAACUGAUUGAUAAUGCAUGGAGAGGAGCUGAGGCAUAUCAUUUCAUGCUACUUGCUCAGAGACAACUCUACCAAGGCUACGUGGAUGCUAGUAUGAAGACAGCAUUGCACCUGCGUGAGUAUGAUGAUAUCUUGGAUCCUGUAGACAUCUUCUCCAUCUUGGCUCUAGCUUCCUGUGCUAACAAAGCAUUUGGAACAUGCUCUAAGGCUCUCUCCAAACUAGAGACAUUAGAAGGACUGAGUGUGGACCAGAGACAGCAGUAUGAGGACCUGUCCUUACUCAUCUUUACAAAGCAUUCUCCCAAAGAUGCUCGUAGUAACAAGGUGGAGUGUCCCAACUGUGAUACUGUCAUUCCGGACUCAUUGGGAGUGUGUGUGAACUGCGACACCAAGUUCCCAACCUGCAUCGUUACAGGGCGCCCUCUAUUGGACUAUCAGUUCUGGAUGUGUAGUACAUGUAAACACAGAGCGUAUGAGAAUGACAUCCGAACCAUGUCUACAUGCCCUCUCUGUCAUGCUGAAAUAUGAACAUGCUGUCAUGUAGGAUGAAGAUGCAGGAAAAUCUCAUAUAUGAUGAGUUCUGAUGAAGAUACCUAUUUGUUUUUGAGCUAAAUACCAAGGUCCCAAAUUCACUUGAUGAUUACAAGAGCUGCUUGAUGAACUUUAGAAAACAAUUCUGUAGUAACAAGCAGGCUCUGAUGGCUUGACAACUUGUAAAUUAUUAUUAUCUCAUUCCUUUACAUAACAAGGAAUAGUACGAUGUAGUGCAUGUACUUACAUAUGUUCAUGUACCGGUACUGUACAAAAGGCAGCCAAGACAACUUAUUGAUGUCAUAUUUCUCUUGGAUGUAAUGCAGUCUGCAUGUAGUGCAUUUCGUAUUAGUCUACCAUCUUGAAACUCGAUGUGUCAUACCAGUAAUAAUUACUAUUAUGAUGGCGUUACAUAAUGCCUGUUAAAGGAACAAUAUUAUUUAUUAGCCCUUACUUUUUUUAAACAUUAAUAUAGCAAUAGAACCUUGUUGCGUUAGUUUUGUUUAUGUGUUCACCCUGGCUCUUGUCCAAUAUACACAUGUACAUAGAAUACAAGGGAAAUGCUCUCGGUAGUCUCGCCUGCAUAACGCAAUUCAAUAUGAUAAACCAGAACGUCAAAUGACGUAGCGCUCAUCCGCAUCUCGCAACAACAAAUAUCGUAAAUUUUAUGUGGU